GCAUGGCGGAGGGACGGCGCUACGCCACGCUCAAGCGCCGCUACCGGCGACGAGCGGGCGCCGCCAUCUUGGAGUGCGGAUUUCCGGUCUGAGCGCCCCGCCCUGCUGCGGCCGCUACGCGUGCGCGUCGCGACGUUGCCGGAAGCGGAACGGGCGGCGGAGCGGGCGAGGGUGUGGCUCCGCCGCUGCCGUCCUUUCCCCGGCGCGAUGUUGCCCACCACCUCCGUGGGGGCCCGCAGUCAGGGCAACGGCGCGCUCAGCCCCCGCGAUGCGGCGCGGCACACGGCCGGGGCCAAGCGGCACAAGUACCUGCGGCGGCUGCUGCACGUGCGGCAGAUGGAUUUCGAGUUCGCUCUGUGGCAGAUGCUGUACCUGUUCACCUCCCCGCAGCGGGUCUACAGGAACUUCCACUACCGGAAGCAGACCAAGGACCAGUGGGCGCGGGACGACCCCGCCUUCCUCGUGCUCCUCAGCGUGUGGCUCUGCGGUGCGUGCGGAGGGAGAGGCGGGGGGUGGGGGGGAGGCGGGGCUGAGGGCUGCCGCGUAGUGCUGAAGUGAGCUGUGCCGGGUGACAGCGAUAGGGUGAGAAGUAAUGGCUUUAAGUUGUGCCAAGGGAGGGUCAGGUUGGGUAU